UCAGAUGUCCCAGCAUCUGCUGACAGCAGCAUUCUUAUACCUUCCUCUGCAGCAUCUAGUGCUGCCAUUGUCGGCGACAGGUGCUAGGCUAGACAGCCUUGUGUCUGAGCCUGGCUGCCAUGUGCCCUGUGUCCUAACCUGGCUCAGGGCUUGGUUGAUGGGGCAGGAGAGGGAGGGUGUGAUACUGCUGCUGGGCUACUCCAGGUCACUUGCUUGCCCUCAGUAGCAGCGGUAGCGCUGGGCAUGUUCUCAAGCUGCCCCGCAUCAGUGCUGGUGUUUUCUCCCCACCCCAGCGUUGGGCAGCGGCAGCUGCUGUGUCUGGCCCGAGCCCUGCUCCGCAAAUCCAAGAUCCUCAUACUGGAUGAGGCAACAGCAGCUGUGGAUCUGGAAACAGAUCAUUUAAUCCAGACAACAAUCCGGAGUGAAUUUACCAACUGCACUGUCCUCACCAUCGCCCACCGCCUGCACACCAUCAUGGACUGCAACAGGGUGAUGGUGCUUCAGGCGGGGCGCAUCGUGGAGUACGACAGCCCUGAGCGGCUGCUCCAGCAGCAAGGCCUUUUCUCUACAAUGGCUAAGGAUGCCGGUAUCGUGAGUGCUCAAGCCACGGUGCUGUAGGAGAACUGGAGCUGACAGGAUGAGCACCCUGCCCAACAUUGGAGCAGAACCUAGGGCAGGGCCCACCGCAAACUGGGACAGACAAACGGUGUAGUGCCAGAACCUGUUUUCCAUUGCCUCAGUGCGCCUGGCAGCAGGACCUGCCCAGGACUUCACUCCUCUUCACCUGGGACUAAAGGAGAGAGUGAAGCCGCUGGGCUCUGAGUUCCUUGAAGAGGGGGCUUCAGGGCUGGGCUAGACAAGGCUAGAACUUACCUCACAGCAGGCAGCAGUUCUGGGCCUGCUGCUGCCAUACCCAGGGGACAAAUCCAAACCCUGCUACGUGGGGGUAGCUUCAAUGCAGACGUGCCCAGGCCAGAUCCCAUGUGCACAUGGGUAGCAGCUCUAACGACAUCCAGGGUGGCUUUGCCCUGACACGCAGUCUGGGAAUAGCUCGGCUGAAUGUGGGGGUAUUUUUACAAUCACUUUAUUGAUUGGUCCUUAUUUUCAAGGCACUCAGUGGCAUAGGCCCAGGAU